AUGUGCAACGUCCUCUUAUUUUCAGAGAAACCUUUACCGAGUUGUGAAGGAAAAGAGCAAAAAAAAACUCCUUUUUUUAAAAGUCUAUUCCGUUAUGAUUUAAGAGGAAAUACUUGGGGUGUUGUUGAGGAGGCAAGUGGGGUUGAGGAGAACCGUUAUGAUUUAAGAGGAAAUACUUCAAGCUCACAUAGGAGGGGAAAAGAAGUAGCUACAAGUCUAUUCCUAGUGGAUGAAGUUGAAAGAGAUAGUGAUGGGCUUGAAGAAGAUGAUGAGCAGUAUAAUGAUAAUGGAGGCAUACAAGAUUCUGAUAAUCUUAUAGUAGAAGAAUUUUCUGAUUUUAAAUUUCUUUCACAAUUUUUAUGUAUAAAUAUUAGGGUUAUGACAAAAUGCGAGUUGAAUAAGUUGUGUAUGGAUGAAAAUGAUUCAAUGAUCAAUGCGGAAGUGCGAUGCAAGCAUGGAAUCUUAUUGCAAAUGCAGACGUCUUGGUCAGAUCGCAAUCCCGGAAGACGAUUUUGGUCUUGUCCUCACUAUGAGGCCACGAACUGUAAUUUUUUUAGAUGGAGAGACAAGGAGAGAGUCGAUGAAAGAUCUCGGUUUAUUCUUCCGAAAUUGGUGAAUAGGAUUAAGGAGUUAGAAGAAAAAUAUGAGCGUGUGAAAAUGCAAUUGGAACAACUUGAUAAUUCCAACAUUGAACAGUCAAAACAAGAAAAAAUUCCUUUGGAUGAAGGUGAAAGUCUUCGAAAUCGUUAUGAAAAUCUCAACAUCAAUUCAAAGGGGAAGGGUCGUGCUAUAAAAGAAAUGAGUGAUUUGAAAGAGAAGAAAAUGAAAGGGAUGAAAAUGAAGAAAAAUGAUGAAGGCUGUCGUUGUUUUGGGAAAUUCCUUUGUUGUUUGAUGAUUUGUUUUGUUGUUAUAUUUGUUAGCUUUCUAACCCAAGUUGGUAGGUUGAAGGAUCAAAUGAAAUUGCCAUAA